AUGAGCGCAAGGACGAAUGCGAGGAAUGUCCGGCAACGCAAGCUCAAUACGAAACAGCCGCUGCAUGUGAUUCGUGAGGCGGAUAUUGAAGAUGCGUUGGAUCAUGAAGCGCAAGGACAUAUUCCUCAGGUUGAGACUGGUGUUGAGAAGAAUGAAGAAGUCGCGGUCAUCAAUGCCGCGACACAGGCCAAGCAGACUUACAUUCCCACCCCAGAUGCUGUCAAGGCGAAAGGUGUCAAGUAUGAUGAGCUGUAUCCCAGAACUUGGCGUGAGCCUGCAACCUACAUCAGGUUCAGCUCGACGGUCGAGGACUGCAUUGGGAUUCCCUAUUGCAUGAAUGAGGAUGAUGCAGCCUUUCUUGCCCAGCUCAACGAUGGCAAAGAUGUCAAUGGCCAGCUUAUCAAGGAUAAGUCUGAUCAAUGCUCCGAAGACAUGUUCGAGGAAGUCAUGAAUUGCUUUGAGGAGACCAGCCAGCGACUCCAGCCAUUCGCCAACCUUGACAGCGCGCCAUUGUUGUCGCUUCGAGAGAUGCAGGAUGCCCUCGAGGAACCUCUUCCAGCUGAAGCUAACAAGCAUGUCGAGCACAUCUAUCAGUACUGGGCGUCCAGGAAAGGUAGUCGUCCUCUUGUACCAACCAUCAAGGUCCGCGUGCUCGACACAUCCAACGAUGCAGAUGAUGCAGAUCCCUACGUCUGUUUCCGUCGUAGAGAGGUGCGACAGACCAGGAAGACUCGAGGCCGAGAUGCGCAGGUUGUGGAAAAGCUGAAGAAGAUGAGACUGGAGCUCGAAACGGCCCGUCAGAUCUUGCUCAGCGUCCGAACCCGCGAGGAUCUCAACAAGGGAUCGCUGGAGAUCAACCGCAAAGUAUUUGAGCAACGCAAGCAGCUCAAGGAAGUUAAGAUCGCCAAGAACAUUGUCGGCGAUAAGAACGAGGACGAAGAAUUGCUCGUCAACCAAAGGCCUCAACCAAAGCCCAAAGCAAGAGAUGGCACUCAGGCUCGAGGUCCAACCAUUCGAAUCCCCUCUCGCGCCGACCGUGCACCAGAGACUGACCUCAAGCUGUUGGCUGACGAGCACGCUGAAGCCGAUGCGCAGGUCCAGCAUACGAUUGACUCCAGGAAGGAACAACAUCGACGCUGGAACCACCACUGGCAAGACCGGACAUGGAAUCCCAUCACGCCACCGCCCGAUGCAGCAGAUCAGCCGCCACAGUGGGCAGCGCUCGAAGCACCCGGUGAAGGAUAUCCGACGCCACCACCAUCACUGCCAUCUAGGAGCUCACAGGAU